AUGGAAUUUUCAUUUCUACCAAAGAAAGCAUCACCUGACGAUCGAUUGCCACUAACUUUCCAUUACAGUAUUUCUGAUCAACUUGUGGACCAGGCAAAGACCUAUAGGGAUGAACAGAGAACACAUGAUCUUUAUACAACUCUCAGCAGAUAUUGCAGACUUGCUGAAGUAUUACCUCAACAUAAGAGUUAUAUGACCUACUCUUCAAAAGAAAAGCUUCAUCACAACAAGAUAUAUCAGGACUCAAUCCAAGAGCUAGAAAUUUUGAAGCAAGUGAUUGCCCGUGAUUCAUGGCCUCAAAAGAAUAAUUCCCUUUCAAGCAUUACUGAGAGGAAGGUUGCACAUUGCUGUACAGUAGGAACAAAGAGUAUGAGUUUCACCAGAGUUUAUGAGGAAAAAACUGGGUUGGCAUCUGUUUUAAAAGUGGAUACAACCACUGCCAAGGAUUGGAAUAUUAAUCUGCAUAAAGUUAAGUCCUCUCCUUCUCCUAGUCUUUCUUGCAUUCAUAGCAUGCCUUACGCUGGCCAUGUUGCACAUCUCACUGUUGAUGAUUCAAAAUAUGGGGACUCAAACUCUUCACCAAAUGGGACCUCAGAAUCCAGGGUCCUUCAAGAUGUACAUAUUUCAGCGAGGUUGAUGGAAGAUUUUCUUGAACUUGCUAGAGAUAACACGGACAAGGAUCUGGAGACAUGUGGGAUUCUUGGUGCUUUUCUUAAGGAGGGGACCUUUUAUGUAACCACUUUGAUAGUUCCUAAUCAGGAAUCUACUUCCAGUUCUUGUCAAGCACUAAAUGAGGAGGAGAUUUACGCUGUACAAAAUGAGCAGUCACUCUUUCCCAUUGGCUGGAUCCAUACGCAUCCUUCUCAGACUUGUUUCAUGUCAUCCAUAGAUUUGCACACUCAUUACUCUUAUCAGGUAAUGUUGCCCGAGGCUUUUGCCAUUGUCAUGGCUCCAACUGAUACCUCAAGGAGCUAUGGAAUAUUUCGUUUGACUGACCAAGGUGGUAUGUCUGUCCUGAAAGAUUGCCAGGAGAGGGGAUUUCACUCUCACCAGGAACCACCUGAUGGGAGCUCACUUUAUGAGCACUGCUCUAAUGUUUAUAUAAAUCAAAACUUGAGGUUUGAAAUCUUUGAUUUACGCUGCUGAUUGGUAGAUGCUUAUGGUCGUUCAAAAGCAUUAAUAUACGACUUCAAGUGCUUUGUGAGUGGCUCGGCUAGAAGUUUCA